CAAACUGACAUAUUAAAGCUCCAUGCAUGCGACACUCACUCUUCCCUCGGUAACAUCUCCGUGACAACAUUUCCAACUGAUGAGAGUGCGUGGCCUUUUUACUUUUUCGUCUUAAAUAAUACAAGUUACAUUGGGAAAAAAAUAGCUUUAGGAGUUGUCUAGUGCUCCAUUAAGACACAAAAUCCAAAUCUUUUAAAAGGAAAAGGAUCCAAUAAUCAAAGUUGAGAGGAAUUUUUUGUUGUUGGAGGUGGCUGAUACUUUGUUGUGAAUAACAAUACGAGAUUGUGAUGGCUGAGGCAACAUCAUAAGCUCAUAUAAUUUCUGCUUACUCUUCUCUCUCUAUCUAUAAUCUCAAACUUAUCUCUUUUCCCAUUAUUUGGUAUUUCUUUCUAAUGGCUGGAGAACACAGACACAAAGGGCUCAGCAAAUCAUGUAUCAUGCUUAUAGUGAUUGCUGGUAAAGAGAGGUUUGCAUUCAAAGGGGUAGCAUCAAAUCUCGUAACUUAUCUCACAGAUGUUGUGAAAAUGAGCAACUCUUCUGCAGCCAAGACUGUUAACAGUUGGUGUGGUUUCACAUCCAUGCUGCCGUUGCUUGUAGCACCCCUUGCUGACUCUUAUUGGGAUCGAUACUCCACCAUACUUGCCUUCUCUUUCAUCUAUGUUGUGGGGCUUGUGGCAUUGACAUCUACAGCAUUUACUUGGGCAUGGUCCCCUACAAAUAGCACGAGCUCUUCUUCCUUUCUCUUCUGGUCCCUCUGUCUAAUUUCGCUAGGCCAAGGUGGAUACAAUCCAUCUUUGCAAGCAUUGGGAGCAGACCAACUAGAUAAUGGUGAUGAAGAAUUGCCCACCAGCAAAGAUGAUCAGAAGUCAAGCAUCAAGAGUUUUUUCUUCAAAUGGUGGUAUUUCGGAGUCUGCAGCGGCAGCCUUUUGGGUGUCACAGUCAUGUCCUACAUUCAAGACACCUUUGGCUGGGUAUUGGGAUUUGCCAUCCCCACAGUUGCCAUGGUUACAUCAAUGGUAUUUUUAUCAUUUGGAGGUCGGAUGUGUGGAAAAAAAUCAAAGGAAUAUAUACAAGGUAAGCCUUUUCUCAACAUCAUUCAAGCUAUUAAAGCAGCUGCAUCAAAAGUGAUGGGUUGCGAAACCGCCUUGGCGAUGGAGAAACCUGAUGCGGUGGAGCUAGAGCUUCAGGAGAAGCCUCUUUGUCCUCAAAAUUUGGGCAGCAAUAAGGACUUGGUUGAGCGUGAGAAUCCCACAAACGGCACCCAUCUUCUCCAAAAUGCAAAAGUUGUACUGCGACUUUUGCCCAUAUGGAUAAUGCUGCUCAUGUUUGCGGUAAUCUUCCAACAACCCCCUACAUUUUUCACUAAACAAGGCAUGACAAUGGAGAGAAACAUCGGUAGCAAAUUCAAGAUCCCACCGGCGACACUUCAAAGCACAAUCACAGUCUCAAUAAUACUUCUUAUGCCAUUAUACGACACGGUUUUGAUUCCAUUCACACAGAUGAUCACCCGAAAUGAAAAAGGUAUCAACGUAAUGCAGAGAAUGGGAGUCGGGAUGUUUCUGUCCAUUAUAGCAAUGACCAUAGCCGCAAUUGUGGAAACAAAGAGGCUAGAAUUGAGCAAGCAAAUGGGAAAAAUGUCUGAAUCCGAAAUGGUGCCGCUGAGUAUUUUCUGGUUGUUGCCUCAGUACAUUUUAUUAGGAAUUUCAGACAUUUUUACAGUGGUGGGAAUGCAAGAGUUCUUCUAUAAUGAAGUGCCAGUGAGAAUGAGAACAAUGGCGUUUGCUUUAUAUACGAGUGUUUUUGGGGUGGGGAGUUUCAUGAGUGCGUUAUUGAUCUCAAUCAUUGAAGUUUUGUCAAGUUCAAGCGGUGGACACAGCUGGUUUUCGGAUGAUAUGAGAGAAGCUCGACUGGAUAAAUUCUAUUGGGUUCUAGCUUUGGGGAGUGCUUUGAGUUUGCUGUUAUACGUAGUCUUUUGUAAAAUUUACAGGACUGGGUGUGAUUCUCAUUCUGACGCUUGUAAAUGAACUUUAUGUUUUAUGUUUUCAGUUUGACAAGUUCUUGUUUAAUGUAUUAUUGCUCCUUCUUGUAGAAUUUAUGAAUUAAGA